AUGGUACAGGCAUCUUAUCAAGCAUUUCUGUAUGUCACAGUGCAACCCUUGGAAGGAAGAGCUCGUUGUAAUUAUGUAAAUCUGCGUAUGAUAAAUGGGGACAGACUGAAGACAGCUAAGACUCUAGUGGACAAGGCAAUAAAGGAGAAGAAAGUGUUCUCGGUGCUGGGUCCCUAUCCUGUAAUCCGUGCAGGCCUGCGUGCAAGAGGAUGGGUGGAGCGGCGACUACCACGGCCCUCUGUCCCCCAGCCCCGUCGACGUGAUCUUGAAACAGAAGUCACAGAUGAGGGUGACAGCAGUGAUGAUGAUGACUUAGGUGAGGAGGGAGAGAGGGACGAUGAGGCAGAUGAUCUGUACGAUCUAAUGACACGGUUGGUUCGCAAUGAGAUGCCAUAUUUCUACUGGACAACCAAGAGGGAUUCAAUCGACUGUCGGUCUUUACGUAAAGACCAGAUGACCAAUCAUUACGCAAAGGCGGGAUCUUUCACCACCAAGGUUGGUUUGUGUAUGAAUUUAAGAAAUCUGCAGUGGUUUGAUGCAGCAGAUCCAGAUACAUUCUUCCCACGCUGCUACAGACUGGGGGCGGAGAAUGAUAAACAUGCUUUUAUUGAGGACUUCAGAAGGACUGCAUGCACAAGUCUACUGCUGUAUGUUUUGGAGAAGUAUGGAGGGGAUUCAGAGUGGGAGAGGACCGGAGAGGUGUAUGAUGCUAAAUCUCAUGGUCUGAGCAAGCCGCGUAAACAGUAUGCCAAUCAGAGGGUUGGAAUCUCGAUAAUUGACAAUGCAUUGCAUAUUUGUCAGGAGUAUCUGAACAGUUUAGAACACUGUGACAUAGACAUCACUUUGGAAACAAUCCCUACCCUCUCAGAGCAACAGUGGAAGGUGUUUCUUCGGAAUUAUUAUUUAGUUAUUCAUGAAGGACUGACGAUAGAGGGCUGUGAAGCUUAUGUGGAGCGUUGUAAAUGCAUGCUGGAGCAGAUGAGUCGUGUUUGCCCUCAGAUGGAGACUGAUGGACUCUGCAACAUCUGGAUCAUUAAACCUGGGGCCAAGUCACGAGGCAGAGGUAUAAUGUGCAUGAACAGGUUGGAUGAGAUAUUGAGUUUAGUAAAUGCAGACCAUGGCAUCAUGAAGGACAGUAAGUGGGUGGUGCAGAAGUACUUGGAGCGGCCUCUCCUCGUGCAUGACACUAAGUUUGAUGUAAGACAGUGGUUCCUGGUCACAGACUGGAACCCUCUUACUGUGUGGUUCUACCGUGAGUGCUACCUCCGAUUUUCCACCCAGCCUUACUCCACUCAUACAUUGGAUAGUUCUGUACAUCUUUGCAACAACUCCAUCCAGAAGCAUUUUCAACCAAGCCCAGAUCGCAGUCCUUGUCUACCCGCUGAGUGCAUGUGGUCAUGUUCACAAUUCCGCUCCUGGUUGGCUGCUUCAGGCCAGGAUGAUCUGUGGGAAGGGGUGGUUGUUCCAGGUAUGCAAAAGGCCGUUAUCCAAACUCUCUUGACUGCACAGGACAGUGUGGAAUCUCGCAAAGCUAGUUUUGAGCUCUACGGUGCUGACUUUAUGCUGGGACGGGAUUUGCGACCUUGGCUGUUGGAGAUCAAUGCCAGCCCCACCAUGGCACCCUCCACAGGGGUCACAGCUCGACUCUGCCCCGCUGUACAGGAAGACACUUUGCGGGUGGUGCUGGAUCGACGCUGUGACCGCAACACUCACACUGGCGGCUUCCAACUCAUAUACAGACAGGCAGCAGUAGAAGUUCCUCAGUAUUUGGGAGUGAAUCUUCUCGUGGAGGGGACUUCAAUCAGGCGUCCUCGUGCCCCUGUUUACAAGCCUCUUAUUCAGUCUCACCCUGAUCCGCUAUCAAAAUCCAGCAGUCACAAGUCUUCACUCAUAAGCAGCCAUUGCAUUUCUGGUAAAGAGAACCAAUCAGAAGAGGUAAAGAAGGCCUGGCCUACCCUCUCCUCCCGUGAAUUCACUCUAGAGAAAUCUUUGAUCUUUCAACCUAAACUGAGGAAAUGUCCCCAAAGACUCAUCUUGCCCUCAACCUGUUGUGUCCUUCCCAGCCCAGCAGAACUUCAUCCUCAAAAGCUCUCACACACUCACACCCAGCCCGAUCACCCCCCUACACACAGGACACGCAGCAACCUUCCAUCGCUUUACCGUCCAACCCUAUCACUGGACGUAAUAAAUCUACGACCCAGACAAACGCUCACUUCCGGUCGCUACAAACAUGAAACACAUACAGUCAAUACAUCUUAUCCUGUCUUACGCAUGCAGAAAUACCUGUCGCUAAACCAUAGACUGACCAUGGACACUUUUACGGCGAGAGAAGGGCCGAAGUCAUCCUGAGGAACCUUUUGAAGAACAUGAUCUCAUUCAAACAGAUUCUUGUGUGAUAAUAUGACCUAAAAGGAAUGAAUACAUUUUAGAUUGCAUCAGUUGUAUUGUGAGUUUAUAUUUCAAUGCACUGUAUUUAAAACCCAUAUACCUUGGCAAUCUACUGUCAGAAAUAAGAAAGAGAACAGCAUAUUAGUUGAGGAAGAGGAUUCCAGCACCUUUUUCCUGAGCACAAGCCUUUUUUUUAAUCAGUUUUCUUCAAAAAAAGAUCUUAUGCAGAAUAUUGACUGACCACUUCCAUAUAAUGGAAGCAUACCUUGGCCAGGGUCUAAGUUCCAAAAAAGACCAACAAGCACAUAAACAGUGCAUUUGACUAUACAACAGCUUGUAGAAUUUUGAUUUUUUUUGGGGGUGAAACACA